AUGAAGACCUUCAAGCCCCUGAAUCGGGCAUAUCAAGCAGUCACCACAACCUACCCCAUACACUCACAUCCCCUUCCCCUUCGCAGCACGUGUUAUUUCCAAGCACAGAAAAGACCUCAGUCAGAGGAACUCAUCCUCGAAAGGUGUAUCCUCAACCCUGCACGAGCAGAAACCUGCCAAUCAGGCACAGACGACGAGGUCGGGCGACACAAAUCUCCAUACGACCCAUCCAAAACAGCACCUGAGAAGGAGCACCUCGCACUGGAGGAAGAAUACAAACAGGAAGGGGAUACCAUUCACGAUCCGCUUUUUUUUAGUCCUGCAAAUAGGGAUUUCAGUCAACUUCUGGAUCCGAUGGCUGGCGUCAUUCGUGCUUUGCAACACCCAAGGAGUGUCAAGGGUUGGACUAGAAAGCGGAAGGAGGCACUUCUAAGGAAGGCGCCGUACGAGAUCAGGAAAUAUGAGAAUGUAUUUAUUGAGGCUAGAAAACCUCAUGAAAAGAAGGGUUGA